AUGGUUGAAAAGGAAUACCUGGCCUUGGUGUUCUCCAUCCAAAAGAUGCGCCACUACCUGGUUGGCCAAACCAUCCAUGUUAUUUCUCAACUAAAUCCCAUCUGGGUCUUCAUGACACAACCCAGAGCCUUAAACUGGCGAUUGGCUAGGUGGACGCUCUUGCUUUCUCAGUACGACAUCCACUUCAUGCCACAGAAGUCGGUUAAGGGGCAAGCCAUCUGCGACCUUAUGGCCAGUCAUCCGCUGAAGAAAAUAAUUGACUUGUUGGAAAAUCUGCCAGAUGAAACCCCUGAGGUCAACACAACUUCUCCCUGGAAAGUUUGGCAAUUGUUCUUCGACGACGCUUCUCACAUCGGUAUGAGCGGGUCUAUUGUUACGGGAGUGGGGGUGGUCUUGAUCUCCCUACAAAACCUUGUGUUACCUCAGGCCUUUUCUCUGAUGGAGCCAUGCACCAACAACGUGGCUGAGUACAAUGCACUGCUCAUUGGACUCGAAUUGGCUACGGAACUAGAGAUAAAUCACCUCGAAGCAUACGAUGACUCUCAACUAAUUGUCAAACAAAUGACGGGAGAAUAUGAAGUCAGAAAUGAUGAUCUGAUCCCGCUUCACAAGGCCGCUGCCAAACUGAUCAUGUCAUUCGAAAUCUUUUGCAUUGAGCAUGUGCUUCGCUCCAAGAAUACGCACGCGGAUGCCCUGGCGUCAUUAGCAGCUAACUUAGCCCAGCCACUGGGGAUGACCCAACGUGUCACCGUCGCAAGUCGACGACUCUUUCGGUCGGAAGAUGUUCUGGAAGUGAACACCACUCAUCUAGCCCCGAGCCAACCUGGCUCGAAAGAUUGGCGUUUCCCGAUCAUCGACUGCGUCUUAUACGGUAUACUGCCCGAAGAUGUCAGGGAGCGAGAGUCGAUUCGCAGGCACACCACUAGAUUCUACUACGACUCCACUUCUAAGACACUAUAUCGCAGGUCGUAUGAUGGCAUGCUACUCCGAUGUCUUUCGACAACGAAAGCACAGGAAGCCUUGCACGAAGCCCAUGAUGGUAUUUGUGGGGCCCAUCAGCCUGGUCCUAAGCUAUGGGAUCGCCUGUGA